AUGACCUUUGGAAGUCCCUUCUGGCCCACACUCUUCCCUGAUUCUCUGAUCCUGUGGUGGGAUCUCUUUGUGCACUCCACAGAGCCCUCCAGCCAGCUCCCCACCACCGCCAUCCCCGCUGGCAGCCCAGCAGAGCUGCGCUUGGCCAAUGGCCCCAGUGGCUGCUCCGGCAGGGUGGAAGUGCUGCAUGACCACCAGUGGGGAACCAUCUGUGACGAUGAUUGGAGCUUCCCUGAGGCCAUGGUGGUCUGCAGGCAGCUGGGCUGUGGGGAAGCCUUCUUGUCCUACGGAGGAGCUCACUUUGGCCAAGGCUCAGGCCCCAUCUGGUUGGACAACAUCCAGUGCAGAGGGGACGAAGCUGCCCUGUCCCAGUGCCCAGCCAGGCCUUGGGGGGUCCACAAUUGUGACCAUGGAGAAGACGCCAGCGUGGUCUGCACAGGUGAGGGCACAGCAGGCGGGCAGCAGAGGACGCUCUGCUCUGGGGCUCUGUGCUGGGAUCCAAGGGCUGGGCAGCAGAUGCCCGGAUGGGAGCCUCUGAGGGAAGGCUCCACCAUGGACAGUGCCCCCCAGGCGCCGCUGCAGCUGCGGCUGGAGGCCGGCCCCGGGCGGUGCGCGGGGCGCCUGGAGCUGCUGCGCUACCGGCAGUGGGGAACAGUCUGCGACCGCAGCUGGAGCCUGGCUGAGGCUACUGUGGUCUGCAGGCAGCUCGGCUGCGGCACAGCUCUGUCGGCCCCGGGCUCGGCAGCCUUCGGGCCAGGCUCUGGCCGCAUCUGGUUGGAUGAUGUCAACUGCACAGGGAGGGAAGGGUCCCUGUCCCAGUGCCAGAGCACGGCCUGGAGAGCCAACAGCUGUGACCACCGAGGAGAUGUUGGAGUAGUCUGCUCAGCUGGAGCCCAGGGAGGGCCACCAGGCUUGACUGUGACCCCUGGUCCGGCCCAGCCAGCCGCGGGCAGCCUGGGGCAGCCCUCCCUGCGCCUGGCCAAUGGGUCCAACAGCUGCCUGGGGAGGGUGGAAAUCCUCCACGACCACCAGUGGGGCACCGUGUGCGACGACACCUGGGACCUGCAGGACGCCCGAGUGGUGUGCCGGCAGCUGGGCUGCGGGGAGGCUCUCUCGGCGCCAGGCUCGGCUCACUUCGGCCCCGGCUCCGACCCCAUCUGGCUGGACAGCGUCCACUGCGCCGGCACCGAGGCCACCCUUGGCCAGUGCCAGCUGAGCCACUGGGGAGAGCACAACUGUGGCCACGAGGAGGACGCUGGAGUCAUCUGCUCAGGCGCUGCCGCCGCGGCCGAGAGCCCCGAGGCGUCCCUGCGCCUGGUGGGAGGCCCUGACCGCUGCGCUGGGCGCCUGGAGGUGCUCCACAAUGGGACCUGGGGGACGGUUUGUGACGACAGCUGGGGGCCUCCUGAGGGCCAGGUGGUCUGCAGGCAGCUGGGCUGCGGCACCCUGCUGUCGGUCGCCCCAGGAGGUCGCUAUGGGGAAGGGACAGGACAGAUCUGGUUGGAUGAGGUCAACUGCACCGGGGAGGAGGAGACCCUCUCCAAAUGCCAGAGCAGGCCCUGGGGGCAGCACAACUGCCAGCACCUAGAGGAUGCCAGCGUGGAGUGCUCAGACUCCAGCAUCUCCAAGCUGGGCCCCCUGAGGCUGCAGGGGGGCCCCAACCGCUGCGCCGGGAGGGUGGAGGUGCUGCACAGCCAGCGGUGGGGCACAGUCUGCGAUGACGGCUGGGACCUGGCGGAGGCAGCGGUGGUCUGCAGGCAGCUGGGCUGCGGCGCCCCCAUCUGGGCUGCCCCUGGCGCCUACUUCGGCAGGGGCCAUGACCCCAUCUGGCUGGAUGAGCUGCAGUGCACUGGCUCUGAGCAGAGCCUCUUCAGCUGCCAGGCCAGGGAGUGGGGGCACAACAACUGCGUCCACGGGGAGGAUGCCGGGGUGGUUUGCUCAGCCUCAGGAGUGUCCCUGCUGCCCGAGCUCCGCCUGGCCAAUGGUUCCGGGCGCUGCCAGGGCAGGGUGGAAGUGGCCCUGGAGGGCACCUGGGCAGCUCUGUGCGACCAGGGCUGGGGGCUGGCAGAGGCUCGAGUGGUCUGCAGGCAGCUGGGCUGUGGGAGGGCACUGGAAGCCCCCAGGAGAUCCCAGUUUGGCCAAGGAACUGGCAAGAUGUGGCCGGAGAGCGUCAGCUGCCUGGGCACUGAGACCUCUGUCUCUGAGUGCCAGCUGCAGGCCUGGGCCAACGACAGCUGCCAGCAGGGCACAGCAGCCAGCGUGGUCUGUGCAGCUCCCCUGCAGGGCUCCCAGGUGCGGUUGGUGAACUCCCGGAGCCGCUGCGCUGGCAGGGUGGAGAUCCUGCACCGGCAGCAGUGGGGAACUGUCUGCAGCCGCGGCUGGGACCUGCUGGACGCCGCCGCAGUGUGUCGCCAGCUGGACUGCGGCUGGGCGCUGGCAGCCCCAGGCCAGGCGCAGUUUGGCAGCAGCUCUGGUGCCAUCUGGCUAGAGCAAGUCAGCUGCCGGGGCACCGAGGAGCUCCUCUCCUCAUGCCCGGCCCAGCCCUGGGGCAUCACCAACUGCACCCACGCAGAGGAUGCCGGCGUGGUCUGCUCAGACUCCAUCAUCCCCGAGCGCGCGGAGGUCCGGCUGGCCGCGGGGUCCCCGCGCUGCACCGGCAGGGUGGAAGUGCUGCACGGGGGGCAGUGGGGAUCCAUCUGUGCCCAGGGCUGGGACCAGCAGGACGCGGAGGUGGUCUGCAGGCAGCUGGGCUGCGGCACAGCCCUGGCAGCGCCGGCAGUGGAGCGGUUGGGCCCCGGCCCCUCCCGCAUCUGGCUGGACAACGUUGGCUGCCGGGGCACCGAGGCCUCCCUCAAGAAAUGCUGGGCAAGUCCCUGGGGGGAGAGCAGCUGCAGCCAUGGGAAGGUGGCCACAGUGGUCUGCUCAGGUGGGUUCCACCCCAGCACCACGAGGGUCUUGGGCUCCCAGGGCUCUAGCCUGGCCCCGCUGCGCCUCGUGGGCGGUGCCGGAGGCUGCACCGGCAGGGUUGAGGUCCUGCACAACGGCACCUGGGGCACUGUCUGCGGUGCCAGCUGGGACAUGGCAGCUGCCCAGGUGGUUUGCCAGCAGAUGGGCUGCGGGGUGGCCGUGGCAGCCCUGGGCAGGGCACACUUCGGGCAGGGCCAAGGUCCCAUCUGGUUGGCAGAGGUGCGAUGCGAUGGCAGUGAGGCAGCCCUGGCCCAGUGCCGUGCCCAGGGCUGGGGGCACCACAGCUGCAGCCACCAGGACGAUGCCGGCGUGGUCUGCUCAGGUUCAGGCAUCGCGGACCUGGGCAGCCUGCGGGUGGUGAACGGCUCUGGGCGCUGCUCCGGGCGCCUGGAGGUGCUGCAUGCCCAGCGCUGGGGUGGCCUCUGCAGGGACGGCUGGGGGCUGGAGGAAGCCCUCGUGGCCUGUCGCCAGCUUGGCUGUGGGGAGCCAGAGAGGAGGCCCCUGGGGGCCACCCAGUUCGGGGCAGGAGGUGACUUGCUCUGGGUGGGUGCCGUGGACUGCAGCGGCACGGAGGAAGCCCUCUGGGGCUGCAGGCUGCAGCUGUGGGGGGCUGGGAGCUGCAAGGCACAGGAGCCUGCAGCUGUCAGCUGCUCGGAGUCCACAGGUGAGUGCUGGAGGGGAGUCCUGCCCCGGGGGGGAGGUUCUGCCCCGGGGGGUGGUCCUGCAGGAGUCACCAAACCUCAGCCCCCACCCCCUCAUCCCCAGCUCCUCCUGACCCUGCUUCAACCUUCCCCUGAGUCCUGCUCAGUUCCUGCCAGCAGCUCCAAGCUUCGCCUGCUGGGGGGCCUGGAUGAGUGCUCCGGGCGGGUGGAGAUCUUCCACAACCAGCAGUGGGGAACCAUCUGCGACGACAGCUGGGACCUGAGGGACGCUGCCGUGGUCUGCCGGCAGCUGGGCUGCGGCUUGGCCGUCUCGGCCCCUCCCGCAGCUCGCUUCGGACUGGGGGCUGGCCCCAUCUGGCUGGACGAUGUCAGCUGCACAGGGGAGGAAGGAGACCUCCUGGCCUGCAGAGCCAAGGCAUGGGGCAGCCACAACUGCAACCACGGCGAGGAUGCAGGAGUAGUCUGCGCGGGCAACUCCAGCUCAGGCACCGUGCGCCUGGUGGAUGGACCCCACGGCUGUGCCGGCAGGGUGGAGGUGGCCCACGAGGGGCAGUGGGGCACAGUCUGUGACGAUGGCUGGGACCUGAGGGACGCCAGAGUGGUCUGCAGGCAGCUGGGCUGUGGGGCAGCCCAGGCAGCCCCGGGCCAGGCUCGCUUCGGGCAGGGCUCAGGACCCAUCUGGUUGGACGAUGUGGGCUGCACGGGGACGGAGGACAGCCUGGCCCAGUGCCCAGCCAGGCCCUGGGGGCACAGCAACUGCCAGCACAGGGAGGAUGCCAGCGUGGUCUGCUCAGUGCUUCCAGGCGUCACAGCCACCAACACCUCUGGCCUCAGGCUGGUGCAGGGUCCCCACCGCUGUGCCGGCAGGGUGGAGGUGGCCCACGAGGGGCAGUGGGGCACAGUCUGUGACGACGGCUGGGACCUGCUGGACGCCCUGGUGGUCUGCAGGCAGCUGGGCUGCGGCAGCGUGGAGGCAGCCCCGGGCCAGGCUCGCUUCGGGCAGGGCUCAGGACACAUCUGGUUGGACGAUGUGGGCUGCACGGGGGCGGAGGACAGCCUGGCCCAGUGCCCAGCCAGGCCCUGGGGACAGACCAACUGCCACCAUGCAGAAGAUGCCAGCGUGGUCUGCUCAGGGCUCCCAGACUCCACUGCCACCAACUCCCCUGGGCUCAGGCUGGUGCAGGGUCCCCACCGCUGUGCCGGCAGGGUGGAGGUCCUGUACCAGCAGCAGUGGGGCACAGUCUGUGACGAUGGCUGGGACCUGAGGGAUGCAGCAGUGGUGUGCAGGCAGCUGGGCUGCGGCUCAGCAGCUGCAGCUCCCCACGGGGCCGGCUUCGGGCAGGGCUCUGGCAUCAUCUGGCUGGACGACGUCAGCUGUGCUGGCACCGAGAGUGCCCUCAGCCAGUGCCCAGCCCAGCCCUGGGGGCACAGCAACUGCAACCACAGGGAGGAUGCCAGCGUGGUCUGCUCAGGCACCAACAGCUCCAGUGUCAGGCUGGUGGAUGGACCCCACGGCUGCGCCGGCAGGGUGGAGGUGGCCCACGAGGGGCAGUGGGGCACAGUCUGUGACGAUGGCUGGGACCUGAGGGACGCCCUGGUGGUCUGCAGGCAGCUGGGCUGUGGGGCAGCCCAGGCAGCCCCGGGCCAGGCUCGCUUCGGGCAGGGCUCAGGACACAUCUGGUUGGACGAUGUGGGCUGCACGGGGACGGAGGACAACCUGGCCCAGUGCCCAGCCAGGCCCUGGGGGCACAGCAACUGCCAGCACAGGGAGGAUGCCAGCGUGGUCUGCUCAGGCACCACAGCCACCAACAGCUCCAGGGUGAGGCUGGUGCAGGGUCCCCACCGCUGUGCUGGGAGGGUGGAGGUCCUGCACCAGCAGCAGUGGGGCACAGUCUGUGAUGAUGGCUGGGACCUGAGGGAUGCAGCAGUGGUGUGCAGGCAGCUGGGCUGUGGAGCAGCCAUCACAGCCCCAGCAGGAGCUGCCUUUGGCCAGGGGAUGGGUCCCAUCUGGCUGGACAAGGUGGCCUGUACCGGGGGUGAGGAAACCCUGGAGCUGUGCCCAGCCAAGCCCUGGGGACUGCACCACUGCAGCCACCCGGAGGAUGCCAGCGUGGUCUGCUCAGGUGAGCCUUGCUGCUGCCCACCACCACCAGACCCCCUGCUGCACACCAGCUCCUCUUGCCCUCACCCUUUUCCCCACUCUGCUUCUCUGCUCACAGAGGUGCCCAGCACAGAGGUGCCCAGCACAGGGCUGGCACAGCUCCGCCUGGCAGGAGGCCCCAACCGCUGCGCUGGCAGGGUGGAGGUGGCCCACGAGGGGCAGUGGGGCACAGUCUGUGACGAUGGCUGGGACCUGAGGGACGCCCUGGUGGUCUGCAGGCAGCUGGGCUGUGGGGCAGCCCAGGCAGCCCCGGGCCAGGCUCGCUUCGGGCAGGGCUCAGGACCCAUCUGGUUGGACGAUGUGGGCUGCACGGGGGCGGAGGACAGCCUGGCCCAGUGCCCAGCCAGGCCCUGGGGGCACAGCAACUGCCAGCACAGGGAGGAUGCCAGCGUGGUCUGCUCAGAUGCCAACGUGACGGAGCCGCAGCUCCGCCUGGCGCAGGGUCCCCACCGCUGCGCCGGCAGGGUGGAGGUCCUGCACCAGCAGCAGUGGGGCACAGUCUGCGACGACGGCUGGGACCUGAGGGAUGCCAAAGUGGUCUGCAGGCAGCUGGGCUGCGGCACGGCCGUGGCCACCCCCGGCGGAGCUCACUUCGGCCGAGGUCUGGGCCCCAUCUGGCUGGACGAGGUGGAGUGCAGCGGCCGGGAGAGCAGCUUCGGGCUCUGCCCACACAAGGGCUGGGGGCUGCACAACUGCAAGCACGAAGAGGAUGCAGGAGUUGUGUGCUCAGGUUGCCCUCCUCCUCCUCUCCCCCCAACCAAACCCCUCCCUGGCUCUCCUGCAGGCUCCCCCCCGCUGCAGCUGCGGCUGCAGGGCAGCUCCGGGCCCUGUGCAGGGCUGCUGGAGGUUCUCUACAACAGCUCCUGGCACAGAGUCUGCAGCAUCGGCUGGAGCCUGCUGGAAGCUGAGGUGGUCUGCAGGCAGCUGGGCUGUGGGGCAGCUCAGGCUGCAGCAGCUGGAGCCCAGCUGAGCCCUGAGGACCUGCAGCCCUUGCUGCAGGGCUUGAGCUGCCACGGGACUGAGUCGCUGCUCCUGGAGUGCCAGCAGCAGGAUCUGGGGCUGGGGCCAUGCAGCCGGGGCCAGACAGCUGCUGUGGUCUGCACCGAGCCCAAGGAGGGAAUUCCUGCUGGAGGGAAGCUUCAUCCCCAGCAGCAGCAGGGCUGGAGGGGCCCCAGGCUGCGCUCGGGGUUGGGUUUCCUCCCAAGCCGGGGCUGGUCCUGGUCCCGAGUGGCAGUCGGGUCCCAAGGCCACUCCUGCUCCAGCCACAGGAGCUGCAGCGCCCUGCUGGCUACUGUCGGCGCUGCUGGCGCUGCUGAUGCUGCUCUCCGGGGUCCUGCUGUGGCUCAGCCUGAAGAGGAGAUGCAUGGCAGCAGCUCCAGCUGCAGGUGACCACCCCAAGCCUUCCCUGGCUCUCCCCUUCCCCAGCUCCUGGUCACCCCUCCAGCCCCUCCUGCAGCCCUGGGCCGGGAGGGGGUCGUGGAGCUGGGGCUCAGCUCGGCGGCUGCCAGGGCUUGAGGACAGCUUGGUGGCUUCUGCACCUCACAGGACAGUGGCAGCUCGGGGAGCAGGGGGCUGUAGCCAGGUCCCUGCAGCCCCUGGGAGCCAUCUACAUCCCCAGCAAGGCAGAAGGAGCUCCUGAGGAGGCUGACAGUGAGAGGACUCAGCUUAUGCAGCAGGAAGCUGCCUCCUGACACCUCCUCACGGCCUGGGGGUCCCAGCAGGUUCGUGUCCUGGUGGCCACACGAAGCUCCUGCCCUGGGGCAUCACUUCAGGU